AUGGGCCCGACCCACUACAUCACCGCUUUGGCAGCGUUCGCAUCCUUCGUAGCAACCUCGCCUGCACACAAUUACCCAAAAGACUCCCGACUGUCGUUCACGCCUGCCGAUUCUGCCCUCCGCCUUGUCAAAACAUCUCCAGCUGAUCCCGGAUCAUGGGUAACCGAUGCGGGCAAAGAUGAGCUGAUCGAGAAGGGAAUCCGUUUCUUCGAUAUCACAGACAUCAAGAAGGAUGGAGAAGUGCUCUCUAUGCUGUCUACCCCUGAUCACGACUACAGUCAAUACCUCGACACGCUUGACUUGAACACCGACUUGGCAGAUUGGACCCAGGGGGAACUUGGCGACCAAUCUAUGGCCGCCCCUGAGCAACCGAUACCGUUCAACGCUGCACGCGCAAUGCGUCACCUCAAGACAAUGACUGAGUUUUGGAGUAGAGAUCAUCGAGCGGAAAACGGCACGAAAGCCGCCGAUUGGAUUCUCGAAAGUAUUGAGAGGAUUGUAGCCUUGGUCAACCCGCGCAUUGAAUCCGCAGCGUUCACACAUAACGCCACCAAACAGCCCUCGAUCAUCGCCAAGCUGCCUGGAGCUACCUCUGACAUUGUGGUUUUCGGCGCCCACUUUGACUCAACUUCAAAAAGUCCUAGUGGCUAUGCUCCAGGAGCCGACGACAACGCUUCCGGAACGGUCGUGCUGCUUGAACUUCUUCGGGCCCUAGCAGAAGGGACACAACAGAGUGACGCAGAGCCUCGAAAGUUGCUUCGUAACACUAUUGAGUUCCACUUCUAUGCCGCAGAAGAAGCCGGCUUGCUUGGCUCGUCAGAACUCUUCUAUGAUUACAAGGUCAAGAAUAAGACGGUGGUUGCCAUGCUGAACCAUGACAUGUUGGGAUUCUCUUCCACUGAUAAGGUGUCUCUGGGUGGGGACAAGAUUGACCCACGCCUCACACACGUCCUCCGAACCAUUGCGAAGCAACGCGGCAUUGCAACACUGAGCUUUUCAUGCGGAUACGCCUGUUCCGAUCAUGCAAGCGCCCACAACAACAAAUAUCCUGCAGCCUUCAUAACUGCCGAUCGUGAUCCAACGGGCAACGACAGAAUUCACACUGAUAAAGAUACGUUGGAGACGAUCGAGAAAGAAACACUUGAACGUCAUUUCCGAUUUGGUCUCGCGGCUCUUGAGGUUCUCUCGCACGCCAAUGUUACGAAGUUGGGCAGACCAAGUGACGAUCUAAUGUAA